AGAGAGAGAGAGAGAGACGCAUGGUGGUAGAUUUAAUCUUCAGCACGGCUCUCACUCUGGGUAACUUUCUGAAGCUGGAUCGUUCAUCUGCUUUGGCUGUAAGUGUAGGAUCGCAUCGCUGUAUGAUCCAAUGCCGGAGCUGAAGGAAACCCAUCUAUCCAUCCUGCACUGGAGCGCGUAACCGUUUGCGGAAUGCGUGAAUCCUCCAGUACUUUUUUUAUUUUCCACAGAUAUCUGCGUGCUUUUCCAGCCAGCAUGGUUGACAGCAGACAGCUGUGAGUAAAAAUGAGGAGGGUCUUGUGGCUAGUGAGGUGGUUUGGGAUUGGGAUUGUCCUGCUUAAGCCCAUCCCUCACAUCAUGGCUCAGGGUACAGAAGACUGGCAUUAUGAUGAGUGUAAGUUAUAUCGAGCUGGACCUCCUGCCACCAUCGUCACCAUUGAUGAAGAGAGUCCAAAUGGUACAGUUCUGGUGGAGACUAUGCAGAUUAAUGGUCGAGCACAGGACCCAGGCCAGACCAUAUCUCUUACUUUACUGGGGAACUAUGACUACUGGGUUAUACUGGACCCUAUCCUUCAGAGACUCUACCUCAACAGUACUGGAAGAAUACUGGACCGAGAUCCUCCAAGAUCCAUCACUACUAUAGUGGUUCAGGUUCAGUGCACUAAUGAGCUGGUGGGCACAAUUAUUCUGCAUGAGGUGCGCAUUUUGGUACGCGACAGGAACGACAACGUACCGCAGUUUCAACAGCCUCGCUAUUACAUAGCAGUCAAUGAGCUCACUCCUGUUGGCACCACCAUCUUCACUGGUUUCUCAGGAAACAACGGAGCCACUGACAUUGAUGAUGGACCAAAUGGCCAAAUUGAAUACGGCAUCCAGUACAAUCCGAAUGACCCGAUGUCAAACAGGACUGUACAGGUGGCCAGCACAUUGUCUGGUAACAUUGUUCUUGCUGAGAGAUUAAACUAUGAAGAAAGAACACGCUACCUAAUCAUAGUCCAGGCUAAUGAUCGUGCUCCAUUUCCAUCCAGCCGGCACACUGCUACUACAACGCUGACGCUAGAUGUUCUAGACGGAGAUGACCUGGGUCCCAUGUUCCUGCCCUGCGUUCUGGUCAAUAACACACGAGACUGCAGCCCUGUCACAUACCAUGCCGUCAUUCCUGAACUCAUAGACCCGAGUAAACUGAAUCCCCUAAACGUGUCACCACCUAUCCGAGCAGUGGAUCAGGACAGGAAUAUUCAGCCUCCAUCAGACCGACCCGGCAUUCUCUACUUUAUACUGGUUGGACAGCCAGCGGUCUACCCAGAGUUCUUUUCUUUGAACAAGACCACAGCCGAGCUCCGCCUUCUAAAGCCAGUUAGGAGAGACCUCUACCAAAGUUUCAAUCUUGUCAUCAAGGCCGAGCAGGAUAACGGCCACCCUUUGCCUGCGUUCGCCGACUUGCAGAUUGAGGUGUUAGACGAAAACAACCAGGCACCGUACUUCCAGCAGCCAUCCUACCAAGGCUUCAUCAGUGAGUCGGCCCCUGUGGGUGGCACCGUGGCAGGCAGAGCCAACCUCACAGCACCGCUGGCCAUCAUUGCCCUUGAUAAUGACAUAGAGGAGAGUAAAGACCCACAGGUGAAGAUCACAAUGAGUGACUACAACACCGUUUUCUCCAUCACCUCUACAGGAAUCACACGUUACCUCUUGCUGCUCAGACCUGUGGACAGAGAGAUACAGACGAACUACACCUUCACAAUGGUGGCCUCUGACGGUGUACAGCAGAGUGCGCCUGUAAUGGUGAACAUCCUGGUUAUUGAUGCUAAUGACAACACACCCACAUUCUCUCAGGUCUCCUACAACAUAGAGGUGUUCACUAACAUGCAGCCUGGAGAGACUGUAAUACAGCUAACUGCUCAGGAUACUGAUGAGGGUCUGAACGGUUUGGUGACCUACACAAUCUUGGUAGGAGAUCAGGGACAUUUUGUCAUCAGUAACCGUACAGGUCGAAUCACCAUAGCUCCAGGAGUGAGUCUGAGCGUGGGCCGAUCCUACGCUCUAACUGUCAGAGCAGCUGAUAACGCACCUGAGGCUGAGAGGAGGAGUUCCAUAACUACGGUUUAUAUUGAGGUUCUACCCCCUAACAACCAGAGUCCUCCACGCUUUCCUCUGACAACCUACAACCUAGAGAUCAGUGAAGCCAUGCGAAUAGGAGCCAUCCUCCUUAAUCUGCAGGCGAUAGACCGUGAACUUGAUCCAAUUACGUACCGUAUUCUGAGUGGCGAUCCGCAGCAGACGUUCAAUCUUUCUCAAACUAUAGGCCUACUAAUCUUAGCCAAGGCAUUGGACAGAGAGACCACUGAUCAAUACCGGCUCAUUGUAACGGCCUCUGAUGGACAUCCUGGAGGGACGUCCACUGCUACUGUCAGCAUUGUGGUCACGGACGUCAAUGACAAUGACCCAACUUUUGACCUCAGUUUGCCUAGGAAUCUGACUGUACAAGAGGAGAGGGCUAAUUUGACUGUGGGUCAAGUUCGAGCCACAGAUCCAGAUGCUGGGCCGAAUGGUCAGGUGCACUAUCGGCUCCUCACCCACGCAUCUCUCUUCAGCAUUAAUGCCAAUGGCAGCAUAUUCACCGCUGUGCCUCUGGACCGGGAAGUUCAGAGUCAGUAUGAGGUGGUGGUGGAGGCCUUGGACGGAGCAGUAGACCCUCGGCGCACAUCCCUCACUUUGCUGGUGCAAAUGUUAGACAUCAACGAUAACAGCCCUGUCUUCUCGCAGCCAUUUUACCAUGUCAACGUACCAGAGAACACUCCGGCCAGAACCGUCAUCCUGCACCUUAAUGCUACAGAUGAAGAUCUGAUCUCUAAUAUAACAUAUAGGAUAAGGACAGAGGAAGCACGGCAGCUUUUUGCAGUGGACAGGGUCACUGGAGCUCUGUCAGUGCUGCAGUCUUUGGACUUUGAGGCUCUGGGUCAAAAUGGUGCUAACUACACAUUCCAGGUAGAGGCGCUGGAUUAUGAAGGUGUCCUGCCCCCCGGAAUAGCUACAGUUACAGUAAGAAUUACGGAUGUGAAUGAUUUUACACCGGUCUUCGUUCGGCCUUUUUAUAAAGGCAUGGUGGCUCCUAAUGCUGAGAAGGGAACGUUGAUCACAACUGUACUUGCAACUGAUCAAGACCCUCCUGGGACACCAGCAAGCAGGGUGCGGUACAGAGUGGACCAGGAACAGUCUCCCUACAGCGGCAGCAUCUUUGAUGUAGAGGAUACCUCAGGCAGAGUCAUCACUAAAGUGAACUUGAACGAGGAACCAAGUACUACUUUUCGACUGAUAGUGACUGCUUUUGAUGAGGGUGAUCCAGUGAAAAUGAAUACAACGCUAGUGGAAAUCACCGUCCUGCAGCCCUCCAGAAUACCCAUUUUCACAGAGGAGGAGUACUGGUUCAGCCCGGUGAGUGAGAACGCUCCGAUCGGCAGGGCUGUAGGAAUGGUUCUUGCGGCGGCUGCAAACACCACCGUGUUCUACUCCAUUGUGGGGGGCAAUGAGGGGGGUGAGUUUCGAGUGGAUAACCGCACUGGAAUGAUUUACACGGCGAAGCUACUCGACUACGAGACGCGCACCAGCUAUGAGCUCCGUCUGCAGGCUGACUCUCUGGCCCUUGUUCUGGCCAACCUGCGUGUGCCUUCCAAAACGAACACAGCCAGGGUGUUUAUCAACGUGCAGGAUGAGAACGAUCAUCCUCCAGUGUUUACAGAGUCCCUGUACAUUGGCGGAGUAACUGAAGACACUAAGACCUUUACGUCGGUUCUGAAGGUUAUUGCUACAGAUAUAGACACUGGGAACUACAGUAAGAUGACUUACAGGCUAAUCAUCCCCCCAACUCCUGAGGGUCAGGACAGCUUUGUCAUCGAGCAAUACACCGGCAUCAUCAAAAGUGCCAUCAUGUAUCGAAACAUGCGGCGUUCUUACUUCAAAUUCGAGGUCAUUGCCACUGAUGAUUAUGGGAAAGGUCUGAGCAGCAGUGCUGAGGUGGUGGUGUCAGUGGUGAAUGCGUUGGACAUGCAGGUAGUUGUGUCCAAUGUGCCGCCUACAGUAGUGGAAGAGAACAAAGAGCAACUUGUCAGAAUUCUCGAGCGUUAUGUGCAGGACCAAAUCCCUGGAGCUAAAGUGAUAGUGGAAUCCAUCGGACCACGGCGGCAUGGGGAAGGAUAUUCAUUAGAGGACUACAGCAAAUCAGACCUGCAGGUGUACGCGAUCGACCCUCUCACAAACAGGGCUAUAUCUCGACAAGAGCUUUUCAAGUUUCUGGAUGGUAAGAUUCUGGACAUUAAUAAAGAGUUUCAGCCAUACCUGGGUGAAGGCGGGAGGAUUUUGGAAAUCCGCUCUCCAGACAUUGUGGCCACUGUGAAGAAAGCUGCUCAGGCUGUGGGCUACACAGAGGGUGCACUACUCGCCCUUGCCAUCAUCAUCAUCCUCUGCUGCAUCCCUGCCAUUCUCAUCAUCAUGGUCACAUACAAACAAUUCAAAGAGAAACAGGCAGAGUGUGCCAAAACCGCCCGUAUCCAGAAGUCACUUGCUGCUACAAAAUCAGCUGCUGGUCCAGUUCCUGUUUCAGCUUCAGCUUCAGCUCCAUCUAAUCUCUAUGAGGAACUCGGAGAUGGCAAAAUGCGUGGAUAUGGCAGAGAGCAACAACAGCUGCUGAGGCCGUCUUUGCUUAGGCCAGAGGUAGAGUCCAUAUGUUCCUCCGGCACUGCACUCUCUAUGGAAUCGGGUAUUGACCCUGGGCAAGACUACUAUACACAAGACUAUUACAGCUAUGAUCAAGGGUAUGAUCCGUAUGCUCCUUAUGGCAGCCGCAGGAGGUUGAUAUCUCCCAUGUACGAUGAGUACGGAGAAGCCAUAAUGGACGAUGAUGGCUACUACUACAGUGCAUAUGGCCAAGAGGCUCUCAGAAAGAAGCAGAUGAAGUUAAAUGUGGAGAAAGAGGGCGAGUCAACCACUACUGGAGAGGACAGUGGCCCAGACAUCCAGAGGAACCGGCUGCCUAAUGUUAACUGUCAAAGUAAUGUAAAUGGUAUGGUGUACCUGGCACAGAAUGGUACGAUCAUAAGAACCCGACGGCCACCUUACCCCAAUAACAUAAAACAAUUUUCACCCGGGCGACUAGGAAAACACUUCAAGAAACUGGAAAAGUUAGGAGUCACAGAGGAGGAACAUUUGCCUUUAAAUAGCACAGUGGAUAACGGACCUACUAUAGGAACCACUGGCACACUUUCAUCUACUACUAACAGCAUCCUUGACACCAGGCCCAUAACCUGGUCCAUAGGGUCUAGUAUGGGGCCAAAGUCCGACCACAUUAAAACGCAUUUGGACCAUGAGCAGGGGAGCUGUCAGCAGGAACAGGAGUCUAGGGUGGACAAUGAGGUGGUCAAAGAGACCUUGGAGUCUCCAAGUGACCACACACUGUCAGAAGAGGAGGAGUUGUGGAUGGGCCCCUGGAACAAUCUUCAUAUACCAAUGACAAAACUCUGAUGUCUCUGAUUUUAUUUCUUAUACAUAUAUAAAAUGAGUAUGUGUGUAGACAAUGUUUUUGGACACUUGACCAAGGUUCUACAUUCUCCAUUCUCCAUUUGAUCUCUAUUUGCACUCAUAAUAUUCUCCACUUUUCUGGGAAGAUGUAUCACUAGAUUUUGGAGUGUGCUUGUGUAAAUUCGUGUUUAUUCGGCAACAAGGGCAUUAGUACAGUCAGGUUAUGAUGUAUGGUAAAGAGGCCUGGGGUGCAGUCAGCAUUCCAGUUUAUCCCAAAGGUGUUCAGUAGGGUUGAAGUCAGAGCUCUAAGGCAGGCCACUGAAGGGCUUCCACUCAAACUCAUGUAAAACUCUAUAGAGAUUAUUUUGUAUUUUAAUAAUUUUGUACACAGGGUGCAUUGUCAUGCUGGAACAGGAUUGGGUCUUCUAGUUUAAGUAAAGGGAAUGUUUCAUGCUUCUGCAGCAAAAGCCUUCCUAUACAUAUAUUGUGGAAACAGUUUGGGAAGGAACCACACAUGGCUGGAAAAGUCAGGUGUCCAAAUAAUUUUGUCCAUAUAGUCAAUAUGUGUGUGUGUGUGUGUGUGUGUGUGUGUGUGUGUGUGUGUGUGUGUGUGAAUGAGACUAUGAUUGUAUUGAAUUACAUCUGAUAUGUUCGUGGUCUUAGGUAAAUGGUUGUUUUGGCAGAGAGAACAGUUACUCCUAAUUCGGAAACAUUGUUUAAAAGCUGUCCGAGUGGAAAAAUAAAGAAUUAUUAUAUUUAUUAUAUUCUUUUUAAAAACACAACGAUUGUUUUAAGAACAUGUAGCCAAUUAAAGAUGUUUUUCAGGUGGUGUUUUUUACGUGUGAUUAAAAAGUUUAUACAAUUUUUAUGGUCAGAUAGAUAACUCUUUGUUUAAAACAUUUUCGAAGUUCCCUAAAAAAUAAUAAGAAAAAAUUUGAAAAGUGCAAAUUAGCUUCCUAAAGAUGUGAAUGGGUAUUGUUUUGAGAGUUUUAGUUUUAAAUUUCAUUUUAGAAUACAAAUGGCUGUGAUAGCCUAAUAUUUUGAAGAAUAAAAGAGAGAAAAAGAGAACAUAUAUGAAAUACAUGUAUUUUCAUAACCUAAUUUAUGUAUAUUUUAGUGCGUUUGGAUUAUAUAUGAAAAUGAAUUAAAACAUUUUUGUCUUAUAUUCAUUUAUUGUUUUCUUAUAAAAUGAGCAAAUAUUUGUAUCAUUGAUAUUUAUAU